CGGCUGCCUGCAGGCGCGGCUCCUGGCUAGAGCCAGCGAGCGGAACCGGCGCCUCGGCCUCUGCGCCGCCUCCCACCAUCGGUGGCGCGACCCCGCGGCCAGCCCGCCGGGCCCCGCAUCCCAGCGUAGGUCCAGCAGCCUCAGAGCGGGAGGGUGCAACUUUCCCCCGGUCCCGGGGCGGGGCGGGGACGGCAACGGGACAACUUGGAAAACUUCUCCGGGGGUGACGGCAGGGACGCCGGGUGCUGGUGGAAGAGGAUGUAGGAGGGCGGUGGCUGGCCCCAGGCAUCCAUUGAUCUUCUAGGCACCCGUUCGGCCUGGCCAUGGGGCUCCAGCGCCUUCCGCGCCGCCAGGGGGUUGAUCCUCCCGUCUAGCCUAGCUGGGCAGGACAGUGCUGUCGCCCGCUGAGCACGCGCUGGGCGAGCGGCGACCCCUCUGGACGCGCGUCCCGCCCCGCCAUGGACCACCAGGAGCCCUACUCGGUGCAGGCCACCGCGGCCAUCGCGGCGGUCAUCACGUUCCUCAUACUCUUCACCAUCUUCGGCAACGCGCUGGUCAUCUUGGCUGUGCUGACGAGCCGCUCGCUGCGCGCCCCGCAGAACCUGUUCCUGGUGUCGCUGGCUGCUGCCGACAUCCUGGUGGCCACGCUCAUCAUCCCCUUCUCGCUGGCCAACGAGCUGCUGGGCUACUGGUACUUCCGGCGCACGUGGUGCGAGGUGUACUUGGCGCUCGACGUGCUCUUCUGUACCUCGUCCAUCGUGCACCUGUGCGCCAUCAGCCUGGACCGCUACUGGGCGGUGAGCCGGGCGCUGGAAUACAACUCCAAGCGUACCCCGCGCCGUAUCAAGUGCAUCAUUCUCACCGUGUGGCUCAUCGCAGCCGUCAUCUCCCUGCCACCGCUGAUCUACAAGGGCGACCAAGGGCCCCAGCCCCGCGGGCGCCCCCAGUGCAAACUCAACCAGGAGGCCUGGUACAUCCUGGCCUCCAGCAUCGGGUCCUUCUUCGCACCCUGCCUCAUCAUGAUCCUCGUCUACCUGCGCAUCUACCUGAUUGCCAAACGCAGCCACCGCAGAGGUCCCAGGGCCAAGGGGGGCCCCGGGGCAGGUGAGUCCAAGCAGCCACGCUCAGUCCCUACGAGGACUUCAACCAAACUGCCUACCCUGGCCUCGCUGGUGGCUUCUGGGGAGGCCAAUGGGCACUCUAAGCCUACUGGGGAGAAGGAAGAGGGGGAUACCCCUGAAGAUCCCGGGACCCCUGCCUUGCCACCCACCUGGUCAGCCCGUUCCAACUCGGGCCAGAGUCAGAAGGAAGGUGUGUGCGGGGCAUCUCCAGAGGAGGAAGCUGAAGAGGAGGAGGAGGAAGAGAAGGAGGAAGGCAAGCCUCAGGCCUUACCAGCCUCUCCUGCAUCAGCUUGUAGCCCACCCCUGCAGCAGCCACAGGGUUCCCGGGUGCUGGCAACCCUACGUGGCCAGGUGCUCCUGGGCAGAGGUGUGGGCACCGCGAGUGGGCAGUGGUGGCGGCGGCGGGCACAGCUGACUCGGGAGAAACGGUUCACCUUUGUGCUGGCCGUGGUCAUUGGCGUUUUUGUGCUCUGCUGGUUCCCCUUCUUCUUCAGCUACAGUCUGGGUGCCAUCUGCCCGCAGCGCUGCAAGGUGCCCCAUGGCCUCUUCCAGUUCUUCUUCUGGAUUGGCUACUGUAACAGCUCGCUGAACCCUGUCAUCUACACUAUCUUUAACCAGGACUUUCGCCGUGCCUUCCGAAGGAUCCUUUGCCGCCAGUGGACCCAGACGGCAUGGUGAGCCACCUGCCUGCCACCCGCAUGGGGUUGGUGCCAGGUGGCACCCGGGCCACUCUGAUUCUUCCCCUCAUUGUGGCCGCCUCCCUGGGGCUUUCUGGUUCCUGCCUGGGUCUAGCAGGCCUCAUCUUGGCAGCCCCCUGAGAGGAGUAGGGGCAGGGGUGCUCACUGGGGUCCAUUUGAAGCCUCCAAAGCCAGGCCAGGAUAGAGCCCUUCCCUCCCAGUACCCCAGACCCCUGCAAGCCAACGGGAGGGCUUUCCUUCUUCAAGGACUCAGUGUUCCCUGGCUGGUCACUUGCUUGUGGUGUUUGUUUCGCAUCCUCCCGGGUAGAGAGCAGGAAGCCAGCCUGCCACUUUUCCCAGAGACACCUGCCGCUGAGGGGGAGGCAGGAUUGAG